CAAAAAAUGGCAGAAUUUACAUCCACUAACAGUGGUCUUAGGUUAGGAGGCAAAAUAGCCAUAGUCACCGGAGGUGCCAACGCCGACCAAGGAGCUCGUAUGGUGGUGAUAGCUGACAUCCAAGACGAGCCGGGUAAUCAAGUGGUUGCGUCUAUUGGUACCCACAGGUGCACCUACGUCCAUUGCGACGUGACAGACGGAGAUCAAGUUGAAAACCUCGUCCAAUCAACGGUAAAUGUUUACGGUCAACUCGACAUCAUGUUCAGCAACGCCGAGAUCCUUAGUCCCUCCGAUCAGACCGUGUCUGAACUCGACAUGUCACAAUUUGACCGUUUGUUCACGGUCAAUGUCCGUGGAAUGGCCACGUGCGUGAAACACUCGACGCGUGCCAUGGUAGAGAGGCGCGUGAGGGGAAGCAUUGUGUGCACGGUGAGUGUCGCUGCCAGCUGCGGUGGCCCAGAGUCGUCGAACUACGUGAUGUCGAAGCACGCGAUGUUGGGGCUGAUGCGUUCGACGAGUGUGCAACUUGUGGUGCAUGGGAUAAGGGUGAACUGCGUGUCACCCAAUGGGUUGGCAACACCGUUGAUGUAUAAAAAGAUGGGGAUGAGCAAGGAGAAGGUGAGAAAGGCAUGUGGACAAUACGCGAAGCUGCAAGGAGUGGUGCUCGCGCCAAAACACGUGGCAGAGGCAGUGUUAUUUCUGGUCUCUAGUGACUCGGAGUUUAUCACUGGCCUUGAUCUCAGGGUGGAUGGUGGCGUUAACUUCGGAACAUAA